AUGUCUGACAUCGAGAAGUCUCCCGAAAAGGACAUCGCCACGUCCGGCAACGACGAGAAGGCCGGCGCCAUCCUCAAGCACGCCGACCGCAACGAUGCCGACGAGGCUCUCAAGGUCCUGCAGGGCGAGAAUGGCGAGGUCAUCGAGCUCACCCCCGAGGACGAGCGCAGGCUGCUGAGGAAGAUCGACUGGAACCUCAUGCCCCUGCUGUGCUUGGUCUACGGCCUCAAUUAUCUCGACAAGACCACCGUGUCGUACGCCUCCAUCAUGGGCCUGAAACAGGACAUCGGCCUGUCCGGUCACCAGUACAGCUGGAUUGGUUCCAUGUUUUAUUUCGGCUAUCUGUUCUGGGAAUAUCCUACCAACCGCCUGUUGCAGCGGCUUCCCCUCGGAAAAUGGAGCGGCUUCAACGUGAUCAUGUGGGGCUUGGUUCUCUGCUGCAUGGCUGCCACUAAGAACUUCGCGGGUGCCAUGACUGUGCGAUUCUUCCUCGGUGUUUUUGAAGCCGCCGUCACCCCUGGCUUUGCACUCUUCACGUCGCAGUGGUAUACUACUAAAGAGCAAGGGGCUAGGACCGGUAUUUGGUUCUCUUUCAACGGCUGGGGCCAGAUCCUCGGCGGAUUCGUCGCCUACGGAAUUGCAGUUGGAACAGCCAAGCACCCCGUUGCCAUUGACUCGUGGCAGCUUCUAUUCCUAGUCAUCGGGCUGUUCACUGCUUUCAUCGGCGUCAUUUUCCUGUUUGUAAUGCCUGACAAUCAGAUGAAUGCCCGCUUCCUCACAGAGAAGGAGAAGGUCCUUGCUAUUGAACGCAUCAGGGUAAAUCAGCAAGGCGUAGGCAACAAGCACUUUAAGCUCUAUCAGUUCAAGGAAGCCUUGACUGAUCCAAUGGUCUGGGCUUUUGUGUUUUACAGUUUGGUUGCUGAUAUCCCUAAUGGCGGGAUAAGUAACUUUUUCAGCCAGCUCAUUGUGUCAUUCGGCUUCACGAACGAGCAGUCACUACUGCUGGGAACUCCUGGUGGAGCGGUUGAGGUCAUUGCCCUCGUCGUCUGCGGUAUACUAGGCGACCGCCUCGGCAACCGACUCCUGGUAUGCACUUCGGGUAUGGUCCUCGCCAUCCUAGGCAUGCUGCUCAUCACCUGUCUCGACAACAAUCACAGCAUCGGCCGACUCAUCGGGUACUACCUCACACAGGCCAGCCCCACGCCCUUUGUCGCCAUACUGUCACUCAUCUCAACCAACAUCGCCGGCUGGACAAAGAAGACCACAGUGGCUGCCAUGUUCCUGAUCGGAUACUGCGUUGGUAACAUCAUCGGGCCGCAGGUGUUCCAAGAGAAGGACGCUCCGCAGUACAGGCCCGCGGAGAUCACCAUCGUGGUGUGCUACGUGGUGAGUCUGUUGGAUGUCGGCUUCAUCUACUGGUGGUGCCGGUACCAGAACAAGAAGAAGGCAGAGGUCAGGGCGCAGCACGGUUACGUCAAGAUCGAGGGACAGGAGUUCUACGACCUGACGGAUAGGGAGAACCCUGAGUUCAUUUACUCUCUGUAA